AUGUUCCAGUUCCAGUUCUGUCCACUGAAGAGGAUGUUCUCGGAGUGGACCAAAACCGUAGUGCCCAAGAAAUAUCGAUUAGGUGGCAAUAUCUCGGAUUCCGCCAGCAAAUCAACAGGUACCAAAGGACCUUAUCAAUGUUUCACAGGGGAUCGAUUCCCGACGGCGGUUCCAGGUGUGAGUGGCGGGCAUUUGCUGCGGCCAGAGGAGGAACUCUAUUACGAGCAAAUUCCCAGGGAAAUGGAUAAGCUGGCUCAGCCGCGGCGGUACUUUGUGGGGAAAAUUAGACCAGGUGACAAAGCCACCGAACGACCCUGCUCGCGGCUCGCGUUAUCCACGGCGACCCUUUGCUGGCGCAAUCCGGCCGACCCCGGCCCGGACCGUUACUUCAAAGGCAUAUUCGACAUUGCUCCAAAAUUGGUGGCCACCAGCCCAGCAGAUCCUCCCACCGCCAACCGGCACUCGUACUGCGCGGAACCCUUCCGGAGGCCACCCCCCGGACGGUAUGACCUGAUGGGCCGGGGGCUCGUUCCGUUAAAUGUGGCACCACCACGUCAACGGCGGCUGCGGCACCGCCAGGAAAUGACUUUGAACGCCAGCUGGAAGCCCUUUCGACAGGUGGCCACCCUCCGGAUGCACACCGUUGACAUUCCCAAGCGGCGCCGCAAGCGAGGUCGCAACAUGAAGGUAGCCUUCGGCAGCUCCACUGCCCGCUUCAAGGAUCAGGAAUUUUUCCCCAUCGGUGCCCUCCAAUCUACGAUACCUAGCCAGCACCAGCACCGCCACCCACGCCGGAAGUCCCCCCAAUCGGCAUCCGCAGGAGGCCCUAAUCCUAAUCAAAACCACCGCUCGUCAACCAAUUUCGCUGCUGACGGAGAAGAACCGACGACGACGGCGUUUCAACUGGCCACGCUGGACCGUACCCGGACCAAACUGUUCAUCGUUCCGCGACGUCACCAAACGGUGGCCACGCUGGUACGACUUUUGCAGGCGCCACCACCGUCACUAGAAAGGGGCGAUACGAAAAUGAGGACGUCCAGAGUGAAAAUUGAGCCCGCCGACGUCGACGCCGAGGGGAAUGGACCUACGAUGGAAGCGGAAGUCUUUGAUGAUGACAGCAAGGCUGCUGUCGUCGGUGACAAAGCUAUUAAAAUUGAAGUUUUCGAUGAAAAAUCUAAUUCUAGUGAAUGA